UCCAAUUCAACGAAAUAAAUGUGCAUUAAAUAGAAUCAGUGCGUACCUCCAUAUGCCAUAUGGGCAUUGAUCAGGCCACUCUUUGCUGAGAUAAAUCUGUAAGCAAAGUAGGAAUACAUCACACUCUGCUGGUCCUGAGCAAGCCAUUGUGACAGGUAGAAUCUGUCAAGUCAUGUUCUGGUACGUGUAUGGUGUGGUGGUGGUGAUUGCACACACUCCUCUAUUUAUUGAUGUCCUUCGCUUUGCCUGUCCCGAUUCGAAGCUCUCAAGAGUUGGCUACUGGUCUCGUUACAUCCUGAUAGUUGCUGCUCCCACUGUUGGCUUCACAGCGCUAUGGCAACUGCUCUGUGUGUUUCUGCCCCUCUACGAACCUGACCCAUUUCAUACAGUGUCUGGAAUACUCCAUAUUGUCUUUAUCAUUUGGAUAGCGAUAAAUAUUACGGUCAAUUACUAUCGGGCGCUUUUGACACACCCUGGAGUCGAUAAGUCACCUGACAAAGAAGGCGAGAAUUGGCAGAAGUAUAACAGCUGCACUAGCAAUAAUAGCAACCAAGUAACUACCUCAGAUGUUCGAAAUCGAAGUGGAGAUCAGUUAAAGAAUGAUACAAAUGGAACUAGUCAAAGUAAUAUUCCUAGUAACGGUAUGCAAUGGUAUCCAGGCCGUGGAAAUUAUUGUAAGAUAUGUCACUAUCGAGUGGCUUACUUAGAUCAUCAUUGUCCGUACAUUGGAACCUGUUUUGGCGUCAACAACUAUUCAUAUUUCUAUAUCGGAAUUUCUUACGGACUCAUGGCGGGAAUUUAUGCUUUUAUACUGACUGCUCCGUAUUUUUGGAAAUGUGACAUAAAAUAUUUACUGUCGUAUCUCGGUAUUAUCGACCACACAAACUUGGAAACGGACAUUUGCGAUUGGAUUGGAACUCAGAGUCGUGUAUUCAUCCCAGUUAUAAUUGCACUCUGGCUGGUGGGCAUGAUGUUUGUUGCACAGAACAUACUACUCUUUGGAGAUGUCUCAACAUAUAAUGUGUUAAAGAAUGCUGCAAAAGUACCUAUGCUAUCUUUUAUUGGACACCGAAUGCGUGGAAGGAAAUUUCUUCAUCCCGAUUCCAGAUUAAACAUUCUGAUUCUGAGUCAGCGUCGACGGUGGUUUCAUUAUCUAAUUCCAGUUGGAAACUCUCAUUCUAUUUCAUCUUGUGUAGUACAUGCAGUGUAACAGUUUUCUUUUGUUAAGUUAUUUUAUCAAGUUUGGAUUCUAUUGUGUCUGCAUUCACCCAUUAAUGUACUUUGACCUGAACUGUUCAAUUAAUUGUGUAUCAGUCUGGCUCUGAGUCUGGCAUGGCAUAAUCUUAUGGUAAGAAACCAGAGGAGGUCCGACAGGCGCGGUGCAGCUCAAGUAAUUAGCUUCUGAUUACUCUCAGCAAAAACAUCUUGUAAGAAACUAUACAUGCAAGAAUUUGAGAUUUGAGAUGCUUCCCUCAUCCUCCUGGUUUGUUUACACCACAAUAUUUUUAGUGGCGGUUGUCCAAGUUCCGAUAGCGAUAGACCUCCUCCGUUUCUUUGUUCCUCACUGGAAGAUUUCUCGAGCUGCUGGCAACUUUGUCCACUAUAUUCUCUUUGUGUGUGUGGGCAUGAUCUUCUGCAUUGGAAUCAGUUACCACAUCUUUGUCUACCUGCCAGUGACGGUACCAGAUCCGUUGCACUCUUUCACUGGGUGGCUACACCUAAUAUUUGCCCUCUGGCUCUGGUUCAACAUGGUUGGCAACUACUACCAUGUUGUGUGCAUUCAUCCCGGACGAAAAGAAGAGUAUAAACAAUCGAAACCAUCCUCUUCAUUAUCAACAAAAGAUACCAGUUUGCAAGUUUUACAGGAGUCCUCUGAUCAUGAUAAAAAUCGAGCUCCCACAGAGCCUACUAAUGGUCUUGAUUGGCACCCUAAAGAUAUUCACUAUUGUUCCAUUUGUGAUUGUGCUGUUCCACUAAUCGACCACCAUUGUCCAUUCACCGGCUGUUGUGCAGGAUUACAUAACUAUUCUCACUUCUUUAUAGGCCUUCUCUAUGGAUCGAUUGGGCUUUUGUAUGCUGUUAUUCUUACAGUCCCCUAUUUCUUUGAGUGCAAUGUAAAAAUAAUCCUAUGGUAUUUCAGACUUGUGCAAGACAGAAAUCCUGAUGCUAUAUGCGAGGAGCUGGACAUUCAUAGUCAGAUUUUCAUCCCAGUUUUCUCCGGAUACCUUGUAACAACUUCUCUACUUAUUCUACAGAUUAUCUUUCUACUGUCUGAUCUCUCUACGUACAAUGUGCUUACGUACUGGAGCAAGUACCCAAUGGCAAAAUUUAUGUGGCAUAGGAUUCGAGGCAAAAAGUUUCUUGAUGCUGACAGCAGACUGAAUGUAUUGAUUCUGAAUCAGAGACCUAGUGCUUGGUGGUAUUUGCUGCCGGUUAGUAACAAAAACAAGAUGAAGCAUAAAUAAUUUCUAUUACUAUGUUAUUUAGUGG